UCCUUCUAUCUCUCUCCUUUGCUUUCCAAGCAAUUCUUGUUUCUCUUUCAUAUCCUUAGACCCCCAACAAUUCCCUUUCUUUUUUCUUUAUCAACAAACAACUCUUCUUAUUCUUCUCUCUACUGUCAUUUUCAUUACAACAUCUUUCGCUGCAUCGACAUCUCCGAUUCUUGAUUGUCAAGAAAACUCCAUACAUGCAUGAUUUUGUGGGACUAAAAGGGAAGCCUAUGAUAGGAAAGGGCCAUAACAAAUUCUGGUACUUUGUUUUAGCCUCAUUUCAUUUAUGGUUCUUAUUGCUUUACUUCUAUUUCUCGGGUUUAAAGAUUGAUUACAACCAUGCUUCACUGCCAAGAGAAAAUUCUAAAAAUUUUUAUGUCCGCAAUUCUAAUUCUGUCAAUGCACGUGGAAAAGAAACACGGGAUGUUGCAAGGUCUAGUAAGGACACGAAUGUAACUGGUAAUCCAAUCGACAAUUUCUUCAUCGGAGGUGAUUGGGAUAAGUAUCUUGAUGAAAUGUCAAAGGUCAAUAAAGAAUUAAAACAGGUUAAUAAAGAACAUCUCACAGAGAAUGAAGCACAAUCUAAAGAAGAAUCUGAUAAAGCAGUGGGUAGCAAGGAAAAUGGGGUUGAUUCUGUUCCAGUGGAAGAGAAAAUCGAGGAAGUCUCUGAUCCCAGUUCUGAUUCAGAUUCUGGACCAUGCUCCGGUAGAUACAUUUAUGUUCAUGAUCUUCCUAGCCAAUUCAAUGAUGACUUGAUCAAGCAUUGUGAAUCACUUAGUGAAUGGACUAAUAUGUGCUUCUUCAUGUCAAACUUGGGGCUAGGUCCAAGACUUGGGAAUUCUGAAAAGGUGUUUUCAAACACUGGGUGGUAUGACACGAACCAGUUCAUGCUAGAGGUCAUUUUCCACAACAGAAUGAAACAGUAUAAAUGCUUAACCAAUGACUCAUCAUUGGCUUCAGCAAUCUUUGUGCCUUAUUAUGCUGGACUUGACGUUGUUCGAUAUCUAUGGAAUUCUCAUAGAUCGGUGAGGGAUUUUUGCUCUCUUAAUCUUGUCAAGUGGCUAAGAGAAACUCCUGAGUGGAAAAGAUUGUGGGGUAGAGACCAUUUCUUAGUUGCAGGGAGGAUCACAUGGGAUUUCAGGAGAAUAACCAAAAGUGCUGAUUGGGGAAACAGGCUUAUGCUUUUGCCUGAAUCUAAGAACAUGACCAUGUUAACUAUUGAAGCUAGUCCAUGGAGCCAAAAUGACUUUGCAAUUCCAUAUCCUACUUACUUCCAUCCUUCAAGAGAUGGUGAAGUGUUUCAAUGGCAGCAUAAAAUGAGGAGAACGAAAAGGAGAUUCUUGUUUUCUUUCGCAGGUGGUGCAAGACCCAACCUCACAAAUUCUAUCCGCGGUGAGAUCAUUAAUCAAUGCCUGGCGACAAGGAGAAGAUGCAAGCUACUUGAUUGCGUGUCUCGCUCAAACGGAUGCUACAAGCCAGUUUAUGUAAUGAAAAUCUUCCAAAUGUCUACCUUCUGCUUGCAGCCUUCAGGGGAUUCUUAUACUAGGCGAUCCACUUUUGAUUCAAUAUUGGCUGGGUGUAUUCCAGUUUUUUUCCAUCCAGGUUCAGCAUAUGUUCAAUAUUUAUGGCAUUUUCCAAAGGACUAUACUAAAUAUUCAGUGUUCAUACCAGCAAACAAGGUAAAAAAAGGUAAAGUUAGCAUCGAGAGGACACUGUCUCGGAUUCCAAAGGCAAAAGUGUUAGCAAUGAGAGACCAGGUGAUAAAACUGAUACCAGGAGUGGUAUAUGCAAAUCCAAGGUCUAGUUUGGAGACACUUGAAGAUGCAUUUGACAUCACUAUCGAUGGAGUUCUUGAAAAGGUUAAGAAAACAAGGAGGGAUAUUAAACAGGGCAAGGAUGUUUCUGAUAAUGGGGAAGAGUUCACUUGGAAGAAAAGAUUAUUUGGGACUGUAGGGAAACAUGAAUGGGAUCCCUUCUUUGACAGGUCAUAGAAUAGCGUUUGUGCAGGAAAUAGGAAGAAAUCUUAGAGAAAAUGACGAUAAAAAGAUUCAUUAUAGUUGUAAAAAGCAUUAACUAGGCCAUUGUUUUUCACUUUUUCUCUCCCAA